UCCGCAAAGGAGAGUACGGCGUGACGUAAACGACGAUCCAAACAAGUAUCAGCUGUGUUGCAGUCAUUGUUCCCUGGCUCGUCAUCCGUUUCGUGCGAACGGCUUCGCUUCUCUGUGUUCUCCGUAUUAUCUCCGUUAUCGAGUGGAAGGACAUCGGGGGAAGACGGCGGUAGUGAGGACCGCACGGGACACGCGACGAGUCGUGCGAGCGCUUUUAGGUUCCGGGCACAGCAAGUGGCGAGAAGAAAAAAAAAAGAGGGGAGGCCAGGACGGGAUCUUUUCGUACUCUUAACGCAAUCGUGGCUGCGUGUGUGCUCCGGAGCCCCCGACCCCAGCCCCGGCCGCCGACCACCGACGAUAACCACCCACGGGAGACAAUAAUCGUGUGAAAAACGGGGCGGUACGCGCAUAAGCCUGGCCUCGAGCGGCGAGUCGGACGACGGUGGACUCGCUCCGCCACCGUGCAAAAGGUCCCGUAGUAGUUCUCAGCCGGCUAGCGCACCACCAGCGGACGAGAACCACUCUUCCUCCAGCCUGGACAUGGAUAAUUAUCGUUUGCGCUACAGCUUAAUGCAGCAGCAAGCCGCCAACAGUGGAGUAUCCUCCGGACUACAACAAAAUGGAGACACGGCAGAUUCUGGUGGGUCGCAGAUUUCCAAUGGCAAUUUGUUACCGGAAACAGAUAACGAUGUCAGUGGUGUGAACGGGGAAGCAAAUCCGAGUUCGGGACCUCCAAAGAUAAUGGACAAAACUAACCAGGAUAUUGUGAGACUCAUCGGGCAACACUUGAAGACAGUUGGUUUAGAUCGUACCGCGGACCUGCUCAUGCAGGAAUCAGGAUGCCGACUAGAUCAUCCCGCCGCAGCGAAAUUUAGACAGCAUGUUAUGGAUGGCGAUUGGACCAAAGCGGAUCACGACCUCAAUGAACUCAAGUCUUUUCUAAACAGUGCGAACCAGAGUUUAGUGGAGAUGAAGUUCUUACUGCUGGAACAGAAAUAUUUGGAAUACUUGGAAGAGGGCAAAGUACUGGAAGCAUUGCAAGUACUGCGCAACGAGCUUACACCUUUGGGCCAUAAUACCGGUCGUGUUCAUCAGUUGUCCGCAUUUAUGAUGUGCAGUGGACGAGAUGAACUACAGACACGCGCAGGCUGGGAUGGCAAAGGACCAGCCUCUAGGGCUGCGCUUAUGGACAGAUUGCAAAGAUACCUGCCGCCCUCCAUUAUGUUACCACCGCGCCGACUUCAUUCUUUGCUUUGCCAAGCCGUGGAAAUGCAAAAUCAACAAUGCACGUAUCAUAUAACGCAUACGCAGCAGACGAGUCUGGAAAAUGCCUCUCUGCUUGUGGAUCACAGUUGUAGCAAGGAAGAGUUUCCGUGCCAUACCAUACAGGUACUCAAUGACCAUUGCGACGAAGUUUGGUAUUGUAAAUUCUCACCGGACGGUCUCAAACUCGCCACAGGUUCUAAGGAUAUGACCGUAAUUGUAUGGGAUGUAGAUCCAGAAACGCUGAAAGUAACGCAUAGAAAAACACUCGAAGGACAUACGUACGGUGUAGCGCUAAUUGCUUGGAGCCCCGAUAGCACUCACCUGAUCGCUUGUGGUCCCGAAGAUUGUCCCGAAUUAUGGCUCUGGAAUGUCGACACGCCCGAUUGCGAAUUGCGUGUGAAAUUAACUCAGAGCACGGACGACUCGUUGACGGCCUGCGCAUGGCAUCGUGAUUCGAACAAGUUCGUCGCGGGAGGUCUUCGUGGUCAAUUCUACCAAUGUGAUAUGGAUGGCAAUGUCUCGGAGACAUGGGAAGGAAUAAGAGUAAAAUGUUUGUGGUGUCGGAACGAUGGCAAGACCGUAUUAGCAGCCGACUCGCAUCAUCGAAUUCGCGGAUACAACUUCGACGAUUUGUGCGAUUUCACAAUAUUACAAGAGGAUCACCCCGUCAUGUCAUUUAGCGUAAACAAAACGGACCGACUCGCGUUACUUAACGUAGCGAAUCAAGGCGUGCACCUUUGGGACUUGCACGACAGAUGCCUGGUGAGGCGUUUCCAAGGUGUCACCCAAGGACACUUUACCAUUCACAGCUGUUUCGGUGGAGUUAAUCAAGAUUUCAUUGCGUCUGGCAGUGAAGACAAUAAAGUAUACGUGUGGCAUAUCAAAAGAGAACAGCCUAUAGCGACUCUCAUAGGGCACAGCAGAACGGUCAAUUGUGUCUCGUGGAAUCCGGUUUAUCACCAAAUGAUGGCUUCCGUGUCGGAUGAUUGUUCAGUAAGGAUAUGGGGCCCAAGAUCAGCUUGUCCGGAAGGAUCCGAUUACGAUAAGGCCGCGCUCGAAGCCCCCCCUUCAAAUAUAGACAUCUGGCGCGCGAUGGUGUCGUAGCGAACUACAGCGCAUCAGUGUUCCCAUGACCUCAUGGUGUUCAAAAGACUGUCGUGUUGAUUGUCAUAUUGACAUUUUUCUGCCUUCUGCAGUUGCCCUUCUAUACCUCACUACUGUCGCUCUUAGCCACCAUCCAACGCGUACGGAGAUAAUAGGAGGGAUGUAUAUGUUAGCAACAACUGCUAACCAUUAAAAAGAAAAAAAAAACCGAAGCCAACCAUCGAGUGUAAUUUUCACAUUUGUGCAUAUAUACUUUCUGUUUCAUAUUAUCUUACGGAUUUUAUAUACAUCAUGGAAUUCGUUGUGUUAUCUCGAUUGAAAACGUUGAGUGAUUUAAUUACGAGAACUAAUAAUCGAGAAUACGGUAUAAUACGGUAUAAUAUAAUAAAGUAAUGUUAUACGGCAGAGUAGAAAAUGAAGAAAAUUCCGUCUUAGAGAAUUGGUGUCUAAAGAUAAAAUUAUAUCCAACAAACGGCGACAUAUUGUGCAUGGAACGAAUCCACAUAAUAAUCUUGGAACAGUAUCGUAGCGAUAUUACGUUUUGACGGGGAUUUUGUCAGAUUUGACUCUAAUUGUACUGAUAAGCACUGUAAAAAGAUACAACAGUCUCGGGUCUCGAGUUUUAUUCUAAAUUGUUCACAUCUCGAUUAGUGACGUAUGCAUUGUUUUAAUGUGUUAUAUUUUGCAGUUUUUCUCAAGAGACUAUAAAUUUUCAAGUAUGUAUUGUAAUCUCGCAAGGGAUUGUCUCUUGAAUUCGUAAAAUAUUCAGUGGAGAAAUAAAAAUGUUGCUGCGUUUUCAGUGCAACAAACUACAGAGUUUAAAAAGCGAUAUCUGUAAAUGUGCGAAAUGUUUUUUUUUCUCUUCUAUUUGUUCGAGCAUUUAUAAAGAGAAACGCAAGAAAAAAAAUUUUUUUUGGUUACAAUUGCGUGACUUGCACGAAUCAUCCAGUCCAGAUCGAGUACGCUCUGAGUCUUAUCGAUACCAUACCAGCAGCUUGUUCACAAUUUGCUAUGAAUAUUAUGAAAUGUAAUCCGAAUAUGCAUCGCGACCACAUAAGGCCAUUACUGGUUCUUGCGAGUCGAAUGGAAAACACUCAACGGAGGAAUGACAAUUUUGCUGUUUCUCGUGGUACCACGCUAGCUUCAGAGAAAUGAAUGAGUGUAUUUUCCCAUGUUAUGUAUCUUUUCUCAAGUAGAACUUUAAGACCGAUGUUACUUUCUUGGCAACAUGAGAUCCCGGCUGAGUACACCUGUGUCGAUUAGUCCUCGAUGUCGUUACCCUUCUUUGAUUUUAUGAAUUCGCUUUCUCGGUGUUUUAUGAUUAGCGUUCCGAGAAACCAAUAGCUUUCUACAUAUUGUUCCGCUCUAUUUGGUCACGAGAGUCCGAAUGCUACUUGGAACAUUCUUGUCCUUCGCUAUUCAUUUAAAAUAUUUUAUCAAUAUUCAAUAUAAAAAGAAAUACGAAAGAACAUUGGCCUUUUUUCCAACCAGAGUUUCCGAAUUUAGUAUUAUCAGGAAAUUGUGGACAGCGCAUACACGCAAGUUAUAUAUCUGUAUCUUGAGCGCAGAGAAAAAGAUCCACGUCUUCUUCAUUUACGAUAAGUCUUCAAAUUUACAAAUAUUUCAAAAUUUGUGUGUAUGCAUGUAUCUGUGUGUGUAACAUAUAUGUAUACGCUAUAAAUUGAUUGAUAAUAUUUUUUAACUAAUCUUUUUUACAUAACAUUUUAUGAGUAUAUGUAAAGGAACGAAAUUUAUGGCUGAGUCUGAGGAAUUUUUAGAAUUUCUGAGAUAUUUACAAAUUCUAAGACUUUUAUAAGUGAAAAUUGAAGAGAUGGACAAAUGGGAUUGGUCCUUUUUCUUCCGAGGUACAAAUACAUAUCUGUACUGUAAAGUUUAUGUAUUUCAUAUACACGUAUAUAUUAUAUAUUCGCUUUACGUUUCAAAGUACUCAUGGUAAAAUCCUGAAUAUAUUUUAUCCCAACACAGACGGUAUCGAUAUUACUUGAUAUGUACUAGUUUCCUCGAUUGUAGCAAUUCUCUACAGAUAUGCGUGAUAAAUCCACGAUUUUUAGAAAUACUAACAAUUUCAAUUAAUUUAAAUGCCGAAAUGACUGCGAAAAUAACACGCUUAUGUAUUGAAUUUGGCUUUGUCUCUUGGCGUCUCUUAGGGAACUGUACGAAUAGUGAAACAGAUGAAUAGUGAAUCUGGUAGAUCGUGCAAAUCGCACAAGUGGAUCUCACCAUUCGUGUAGUACUCUCGUGACUGCCGCAAGCAAGAUCUUUAACUAAUGGACCGCCGCACACUAUUAUUAUUGUUAUUAAUAUUAUUUUUUAUUAUAAUUAUAUAUUAUGUACAUCAUAUUAGGCUAUAUAUAUGUAUAAUUUUUUUUUCUUUUCAGUCAAGCAUUUAAAGUGAAGAACGAAAAUGUUUUUAAGUGAAAUUUAAUUUAUUUGUGUGUAUUUAAACAAUCUGUGGAAUGACAUACAUAGGUAAUGGUCGGACAACUGCGAAUGUUGUACUCGUCUUAUUAACUGCCAUGAAUUGAAGGAUGUAACGUGCUAUCUCUUUUCUGUCACUUAUAACUUGACAAUUGGUUAUGCUAGGUGCGUUAAACGGUACACUUACUAGAACGAAGAUUUAGUGUGGUAACGAUAUCCAAAAAGGAAAUUACUAGAUUUGCCUUGUUUUUUUUUUUUUUUUUUUUUUUA